AAACCGUAUGUUGACGAUAUGUGUCAAAAUGGCGUCUGUCACCUGUCGGAGUUCUUAGCUAUGUGAACCGUGUAAAGUAUUUGACGUUGUCCUUUGAUUAUUCGUGGAUGAUGAGUGCACACCCAAAUACUUAGAAAUAUAAACCAAGCAUUAAAGUAGUCUAGUGAAUCCUAUCAGGUCGUAAUGGCGUACUCAGUGUGUGAAAACCUCCGUGGAUUUGCCUACAGUCGUCCUCCACUGGUCAUCUUCAUGAUAUGUCUAGCUACGUUCGCCAUCGCCCUUGUCACAUUUGCCUAUGUUGUCAAAAUGAGAGACAUGCCCAAUCCAGAUAUUCCAGAGGAUUGGAAUACCUUCCUGGAGAGUUUUGCUGAUGUGGAUUUUUGUGUGUUGAGCAACUCCAGUGAUUAUGCAUCAGACGCUACCACAGCUGGCACCACAAGACACAACCGUAACACGAUGGAUGGCCAGCAUGAAGUCACAACGACUGCUACGUUACCACCAGAUGGUGUUGUCAACGUAUCACUGUCGAUGAUGGUGGAGAUGCAGCCUACCCAGGACUUUGUCAACAUCCCCCACAAUGUGACAUACCUGUCCACAACACUGAUGGGGGACCAGCUCGGUCUGUAUGGUGAAGCAGCCGACCUUGAGAUGAAUGUGACCUUCGUGUUGCCGUUCCAGUGGAACACGUCACGGUGCAACCGGCGAGGGAUCUGUGAGCCGGUCAACAUCUACACCUGCAUCAGCUUCCAGGCACCAGUGUCAUUCUUCCCCCACACAAAGAAGCCUGACAUGUGCCAUGGCAACUCGGAGUCUGGGAUUGAGUACCAUGUGAAGAUGGUUGGUCUGAAGGGAACUCGCAGGCACCCCAAGGUGUUGUGGUGCAACAGUCAGCCAGUGCUGCAUGUCCGCUACAAGCUGGACCCCAGCCUCACCGUAAUGUUGUCAUUGCAUGACCGAUCUGUCAUCAACCUCCACUUGAUGCACACAAGUUACUUCCUGUUUGUGAUGGUUAUCACACUGUUCUGCUACGCCAUCAUCAAAGGGAGGCCACCCAAGACCAAGAUCGUUCAACAGAUUCAUGUUGAAAAGAUUCCAAACAAAGCAUAGGUGGCAUCUUGUGGAAGAGGAAGUAGUUAAUGAAGAGAGUAGGGUGUUCACAUCAAUCAGGAAGAAGAGUGGUUUCAAAUUAUCCUGCAACAAGUUCUUUUAACAUGCGGACCAGGUGUGAACAUAGUGGAGAGGUCUACAUUCAAAAACAAAACCUACACACGGGAGCUUAAUCUUGGCUUGAUUCCAUUUGAUAAAAUCUAUUCCAUAAUCCUUGCAUAUGCAAGGUUGCUAUGACCACAACCUAAAUGACUUCUUGGUUUCACAUUUGUAGAAAGUGAGAGAAAAGUGAAAGAAGAUGGAUGGUAUAGAUUUCUUCUCUCUCUCAAAAGUACCUCAACAUAUGUUGGAAUACAACCCUGCAAAGCUUUCAUCUUGAUUACUUCAGUUGUAAUUAUAGAAUUAUUUGUGUUUCAAAAACACGAAGCAGUCUUGAUGAGCAAAGACAGAAACAUUUCCAUCACUUCUGUGUCAGAUUUGGAUCAAAACAAGAAGUGGUGAAGGAGGAGUUGUUCCGGAUGUCGACUGGAUGCUUCACAAGAUAUGGGGGCUGUUUAAAUUCAGUGUUUGAUAUUUAGUUAAACAUGUUUAUACAUCCUUUGUUGUUAGUAUGUCUUGGGAUUGCAGUGAGGGCACCUACUUUGAGUCAAUUGGUCCAUCUUGCAAGGGUACCUGUUUUUAGGCCAUUUGUUCAUCUUUCAAGAGCACCUGAUUUAAGGGCAUUGGUACAUCUUGCACAGGCACCUGUUUUGAGGCCAUUGAUGCAGGUUUUUGGGGUACAUGUCAUUGGUUCUUCUUGCAAACUUAUGAAAAACCAAGAGAAGCUGACAAGAUUUUCUUUGCAAUACAUAUGAAAAAUCAGAAACUUUAAAUUUGUUUGUACCAUACAGCGAAUGUUUCUGAUUGGAUUUUUGUUUUUGUUUCUUUUGUACAGAAUAUUUUGCUUUUUGAAGUCCUUUGCUUAAAAAACAGCCGGCAUGGUACCAACUAUAGAAAAC